AUGGCGGACGUGAAUGGCCGCUCCAUCGUGCCCGCGCGGGCGCUUGGGCUGACCGAGCUGGAGGGGGUCCAGCUUAGCUGGGCCCUCGAGUGCUGGCUUGGCCGCGCUACUUUCGUGAAUCUGGUUGAGAGGCGCCCUGUCCGUCUCCACACUUGCUAUCGUUUCUGUCGCACCCAUUACACAGAUGUCGCCGUCUUGUGGCCCUCGGUCCGCGACGUGAUCCGCGCAUGGAAGGGGCUGAUGGUGUUCCUGGUCCAGGUCUCGUCGGUUGGUCGUGUUUCGGGGAGGAGCCGCUUUCAGCUCACGGACCACAGUGGCCGCGAGUCGGCCUUCGGCGCGGCCGACCUGGUCGGGGAUCCUCGGUCGGGCGUGUGGGAUACUCCGGGUGACGAAAUAGACGUGUUUGUUGUGGUGCCUGAUUUUCCCGAGUCAGCUCGAGCGGCAGAUCCUUCGUGCGAGCCCAAGCCCGACGCCGUCGGCGGAAGGGCCCGCGGGCUGGCGCGGAGGUCCCGGCAGCGGCUGGCGAAGUACUUGGGGGCGGCGCUGGGAGUCGAGGAGGAUAGUCUCAGCCUGCUGGAGGCCAUGGCGAUAUCGGACAAUGUGUGCCGCUACCACUCGAGCCACCUCCAGGACUUCGAGGCCCUCGCUAGGGAGCUCGACCCAGCGGUCGUGGACGACGACGACGUGGGCGGCUGGCUCGUGAAGUUCUUCGACGACAGCGUCCUCCGCGGGCGGCAGCCGGACUGCGGGGGGAAGGUGCUGGCGGCCUUUGCGGACCGCCACCCAGCCUGCAGCAAGGCUGGCAAGCGGCGAGUGCCUCGGGCUUGGCGCUGCCUUCGCAUGUGGCGCCGCCCUGUGCCUGGUCGCUCGAGGCGCCCCCCUCCUCGGGCGGUGUGGAAGGCGAUGGCCGCCGACGUGUGCUCGCGGCGGCGCGGGCUGACGGCCGUAGCGAUCAUGCAUGGCGUCGGGGCCUGCCACAGGCCGCGCGAGCUGAAAGGCCAGUGCCUCGGCGACUCCAUCUCCGGCGAGGGCGGGGUCGCGCGCGCUGGCUGGCGCCUGGGCGCCCCUGCGCGGACCUGGGAGGUCCGAGAGGGCGCCGCGGGCGACCUCGCACACGCCGAGAAACCGUUGGCGGGGAAUGCUUGUCUGACGUCCUGCCGCAAUCUUGCAAUGUACCUGCGCGCUAGGUGGCGCGUGCUGCCGUACGUGGUAGCGCAGGCGGCGCGCGGCAGCCCGUGGGCAGCGCUCGGGCUGCGCCGCGGGGCGCCGCGGUCGGAGGUGAAGAGGCGGUUCAAGCUGCUUGCAGCCUCCGAGCACCCCGACAAGCACCCGGGCGACGCCGCGGCCGAGCAGCGGUUCAAGGUGAUCACCGCCGCCUACGAGGAGGUGCUCGCCGAGCUGUCUGGCGGGCGCCCCGCCGCCGCCCCCACGCCGGCGAGGCCGAGGAGCAGCGCCGACAGGGUCCGGGACGCCGAGAGCAAGUGGCGCAAGUUGGGCGUGGACCCGCAGGAUGCGCGGGCGGUCCGCGACGCCCUCGCCAACUUCUCGAGGGCACGCUGA